ACCUGAAGUUGUUUGGUCUUAUGUGGAGUUUGCUUACUGAUAUUGGAAAUUCUGACUGCAUGUUGUCUUGUGUUUAGGUUCAUAUACAAUACUUUUAUUUUUUAUCAACAUUUGUUGGAGAGCAUUUUUCCAUAAUCGUUGACAAGCAAUCUAUUUCAUUCAACACUAUGGCUUCCUCCGGUCACAUGACAACAAUCAUUGAUUUGACCCAUGAUGGCACAGUACUUGAUGCAAUGGAAUCUACAUGCAAUGAUCUCCAUGCAUGUAAUCCCCAUCGAGAUGUGCUCUCAGAACUCUCCUCUAUUGCUUCUACGCAGAGUGAGGUGUUGGACACUGCAGAACAGCAGCAGCAGAAACACCAGCAUUUGAGGGUCUACUUAAGGGUGAGGCCCUUUUCCAAGGAUGAGAUCUCCAGCAAUGAGGACCAGGGUUGUGUGGUUCUUGAGAAUGCCAGGACCGUAAUGCUGCAUGCGCCCAAAGGCUCUGCUACCAUGAAGAGCAGUGAGAAGGGCGUUGGCCAGGCGAUACACACAUUCUCAUUCUCUCAGAUCUUUGGGCCCGAGACGAAGCAGGCAGAUCUCUUCGAAGGCACCAUCAAAAGCCAAGUUCACGAUUAUCUGGAGGGGAAGAAUGCUCUAGUCUUCAGCUAUGGUGUGACCAAUGCAGGCAAGACCCACACAAUUCAAGGAUCCCAGAAAGACCCUGGUAUUCUCCCCCAGGCGUUGGAUGUCAUCUUCAGACACAUCAAAGGGAGACAGUAUGAGAACAUGGAUCUGAAGCCGUACCUCGGUAGUGACGCUCAGUACCUAGGGCCUGACCAGGUCCAACAGGAACGAAACACCAAAGCAGCUAUAUUUGCUCUACUCAAAGAGGAAAAUGAACCGCCACGCGUCAGUGGAGUUUCAUCCCACUCGUCCUCUACUGGAAGCCUCUCUUUCUCAGUCUCUUACGAUAACACAGUUGAGUUUGUGGCUGUGUCGUCUGGGGACCGCAGCCAGUUCGCCCUGUGGGUGUCCUUCUACGAGAUCUACAACGAGAGCGUGUAUGACCUGCUGCAGGCGUCGCCCGCCUCCAAGACACAGAGACGCACAGCCCUCCGUGUGUGUGAGGACAGUGCGGGAAACUCGUAUGUCAGAGAUCUAAAGUGGAUCAAUGUUCACAACUCCGAGGAGGCAUGCAAAAUUCUCAGAGUUGGAAAUAAAAACCGAAGUGCUGCUUCCACUAAGAUGAACCAUUCAUCAAGCAGAAGCCACAGCAUUUUUACCAUCAAAUUACUGAGAAUUGAUGGAACUGAGGUUCAGACGAUGUCAGAACUCUCUCUGUGUGACCUGGCUGGCUCGGAAAGAUGCGGAAAAACAAAGACGUUUGGGGAGAGGCUGAAGGAAGCGGGUAACAUCAACAACUCUCUGCUCAUCCUGGGGAAAUGCAUCGCUGCCCUGCGCAGCAAUCAGAGUGACAGGAUGAAGAACGGCUAUAUUCCCUUCAGGGAGAGCAAACUGACCCGUCUCUUCCAGUCCAUCUUCUGUGGGAAGGGCCGAGCCUCCAUGAUUGUGAACAUCAAUCAGUGUGCUUCCACAUAUGACGAAACGCUCCAUGUCAUGAAGUUUUCUGCCAUCGCUAAGCAGGUGGUCCAGCUGAUCCCAACAAAGUGUCUAGAGUCUCUGACCCCGCGGCUGGUGGGGCGCGAUGGGAAGCCUCUACUGAAGAACGGGGUCAUCGAUGACCAGGCUCUAGAGAACUACCUGUCUGAAGAAGAGCUGCUGGAUGAGGAUGACGCAGACAUGUCCAUUUUACCCCAGGAGGAUCUUGUGAAUGUGAUCGAGAAUCUCCGGGCCAAGCUCCUGGCUGAGCGACGGAAGAACUUGGUCCAGGAGAUUGACAUCCGCAAGGAGAUGGGAGACGCCAUGCUGCAGCAACUCAUGGAGAGCGAAGAACUCAGGAAUCGUCAGGUGGCUGAGCUGAAGGAGAGCUACCAGGAGAAGCUGGAGAACACAUUUGAGAUGUAUAAGGAUGCCCUAAAGGACCAUGCCUACCAGAGGGCCCUGGAGCGCGUAGAGGAUGAUUACGUACCCCUUGAGGAGUUCAUCGCUGAGCAGGAGAAAGUAGAGGCACUAGAACAGAAGCUGUCUGAGAUGGAACGGAAGCUGUCUAAGAUGGAGCACAAGCUGUCAGGUUCAUCUAUGGUUCCAACCAGAGAGAACUCGAGCCAGACACAGAGCAUCUCACAACCACCACCUGUAGCUAUGCAGGAAGGGUUAACGGGCCAGUACACCAUCUCCCUCGGUGUUGAUUCUAUUUCAUUAACAAACGAAGUCUCAGCAGGGGAUGUCCUCACAGCUGUUUCCAAAGACGCAGAGCAACGCAAACUCCUUUUGAAAGAGAGUGCGAUGGAGAAACUCGGUGAGCAGAAGGAGCUGAUUGUGUCUUUGCAAAAAAGGAUUGCAGUUCUGAAUGAUGCACUACAUGAGGCCGGAGAGCGCUUCUUUGACAAAACGGUAGAAAUAGAAACUUUACAUAAGAAGCUAGCUGACCAGGCACAGGAGCUGGAGAGUAUAGGUAAGGGCAAUCUGGAGAAGGACAAAGAACUGGCAUUGUUAAAAGAAGAGCUGGCCAAGCUAUCCCAGAAGUCCCCUGUCCAGUCCAAGCCCAAGCGGGGUUUCAUGGCCAACAUUAGGGAAUCUGUGACGUCGCCACGAACAAGCACCAUUGCCAGGACACUGAGGAAAUCUGUCCGGACCACACCCUUGCUGAAAAGGCCCUUCCACUAACUACCGUCCUCCCCCACGUUUUAAAAAUGUUUAGGGCUCUAUUCAAACUCUAUUGCUGAAGUGUUACAGAUUGCGUGAAAUAAGUUAAUUUCCAAUUGCUUUGACAUGCAGCGUUUAUGGUGAGUGCGGUCUCUGCAAUUUGGGAACAUUUCAAUCACAAUUUAAUGCUGAACUUCAGCGAUGUGGAUUGAAUAGAGCCCUUAGUUCUGUUUUUUUUUUUUUUUUUAACUCUUAAAUAAAAUUCUACUGACUUUAUGAUCCAUUUCAUUGGGAGACCAUAUCUGAAAGAAUAUGACCAUAUAAAAAUGGCUUUCAAGUGUAAUUUUAACUUCUCACGGAAUGUACAUUUUUCAGCUCUUUUGCUAUGUUGGAAGUUGUUUCGUCAGUGGUGAAAACUGGACAUCACGUUGACAUUCAGGUGCCAUACAAAUGGUCUUUAGUCACAA